UUUGACUUCCAUCCAUCCCUUCAAACCAUUUCCCCAGUCCUCAUAGGAUCGGUAGGAACCUACCCGUUGAUAUAAACUCUCACCUCAGCCCACGUCGACCACUGGAUACCAGUCAACAUCACUUUUGAGGGAGUCAGCGUCUUUUUUUGUCGAGGCAACCUGUUGCUCAAGGAACAGGCGGCUGCAUCGCGAUCGCAGAGAAGGCGAAAUAUUACAGCAAAUAAAAGAGAGUUUGUAGAAUUACAGGAGAAGGCAGCUCAGUUUGAAGCCUUACCUGACAGAAAGUCAGGAAUCAUGACGGCGCUUGCAGGAGGUUUACCGAGAAUGAUGAGACCAAGUCCUCACCAGACCUACCCGCGGGGAGGGUACUCUCUGGAGGUCUCUACUCCGUUAGGACAGGGUCGGGUCAACCAGCUCGGUGGUGUCUUUAUAAACGGCAGACCUCUCCCCAACCAUAUCCGCCAUAAAAUCGUGGAGAUGGCCCAUCACGGAAUCCGGCCGUGCGUUAUCUCCCGUCAGCUGCGGGUGUCCCACGGCUGCGUCUCCAAAAUCCUCUGCCGGUACCAGGAGACAGGCUCCAUCAGGCCCGGGGCCAUUGGAGGCAGCAAGCCAAAGCAAACCGCUUCUCCAGAGGUGGACAAGAAAAUCGAGGAGUACAAGAGAGAAAACCCGGGCAUGUUCAGCUGGGAAAUCAGGGACAAAUUACUGAAAGAUGGGAUCUGCGACAGGAACAACGUCCCUUCAGUGAGCGCCAUCAGCCGCAUCAUGCGCUCUAAAUUCGGCGGAGUUGGUGAGGAUGAAGAGGAUGAUGAUGAAGUGGUGAAAAGGGAGAUGGAGGAAAACGAACCACGGACAAAACACAGCAUUGAUGGCAUUCUGGGAGACAGAUCAAGUCACUCAGAUGAGGGCUCUGACGUGGACUCUGAGCCAGGCCUGCCGCUGAAGAGGAAGCAGCGGCGCAGUCGGACCACCUUCACAGCGGAGCAACUGGAGGAACUGGAGAGGGCCUUUGAGCGCACGCACUACCCUGACAUCUACACACGGGAGGAACUGGCUCAGAGGGCCAAACUGACAGAGGCUCGAGUUCAGGUGUGGUUCAGCAACAGAAGAGCCCGGUGGAGGAAACAAGCAGGAGCCAAUCAGCUGAUGGCCUUUAACCACCUCAUCCCUGGUGGAUUCCCUCCGUCAGCUAUGUCAGGUCUGCAGCCCUAUCAGCUGGCAGACAGCCCCUAUCCCCCGACUUCCAUAUCUCAAGCAUCCGAGCAGCCCAGUACAGUCCACCGACCGCAGCCUCUGCCCCCCACCUCGGUGCACCAGAGCGGGCUCAGCUCAUCAGGAGGCUCCCAAGAUGGAAGCUCUGUGUACUGCCUGUCUUCUGGACGGCACAGUUUCUCGGGAUACUCGGACAGCUUUGUGGCCCCAACAGGACACGCCAACACUGUCAACCCCACCAUGAGCAACAGCCUCUCCCCACAGGUGAUGGGCCUCUUGAACCCUAGUGGAGUGCCACAUCAGUCCCAGAGUGACUUCACCCUCUCCCCGCUGACUGGAGGCCUGGAGCCUAACGGAGGCAUGGCUGCCAGCUGUCAUGGUUCCCAACGCCUGGAGGCUCUGCCAGGCUUGACCAGUAUGCCCACCCUCCCUAGCAGCCAGUCUUACUGCCCACCUUCCUACACCUCCCCAGCGUACGCCGUAGACCACCAUCCAUCCUACCAGUAUGGACAGUACAGUCAGAGCAAGGUGCCUUUCAUUAUAUGAAGCCCCCAGCAUGGCCUGAGCUAGACUGACAUUCAUCGCCAGAGAACACCCCCACCCGCUGCCUUUGCCAAACCUCCCCGGGCCUGAGGGCAGCCAAAAAGUGACUGGGGUGGGUGAAGGGGUUGAGGUGUUCUCCUCCAGCAAGGAAAGGUAACCAGUUGAGAUGGACGUGUAGGAGGGGGUUGACUGGAAUAAUUAGGACCAAAGGCCGCAGCCUCUCCUGUUACCUGGCACUCACUUUGCUUGUGUGCACGUCAUGCUUCAAGGACCAAGUGUGGUUUGUUGUCCACGCUUAAACAGGAAAAGAAGAGGGGCGGGGAAAGGGGAGUAAAUACAUUCAAGAUUCUGUAUUUGAUUUUUGUAAUAAGUGGCAGAGAUGCAAGUUGAGGCGGGUUUUGUAAGCCCCCUUAUGGCUGAUGGUUACUGAAAGGCCGGCUGGUAAUAACAUGCUGCACUCGGCCACAGUGUUCUUCAUCACAAUGUCAUAUAAACUUACAUUCAUUUUAUUCUUGUGUAAGAUGCUGGAGAUGAUCAUGUGACUUGACCAAGAAAACCAGCAGGAAGAUGUGAAUCUCAGUGGCCUAGUGGAAUCAACCCAAAGAAAGUGCAAUACAUUCAUACCUCAUGUGAUGUAAAUGAACACAAAUCAGAUGUCCCUGAUCAAAUAAUGCUCUCUUUUUAAGAUCAUCAUCAUUUUGGGUUGUGUGCAUUGAUCAAUCAGGGGAAAUAACAAACAUAGUUGUGACGUCAUUAAGCCAAAAAAUUCUCUGCCAGUGAAGACAUUAUUCAGUUUGAUAGUUAAUUUGAGGCUUUUGUGUUUGUGACUUUUUUUUUUUGCAUGUGUUAUUUUAGUUUUUUUUUUAAAUCAGGAACUUGCAAACAUUAGUUCCACUUCUUAUUUAUUUAGUUUUGUUCAAGUGUUGUCUCCUCUAUAUGUCUGAAGUGUUUAAGUCUUACACAG